AUGGCAAACCGUCCUACUCGGACGCGGGGACUAACACUUCAGCAUCAGCAGCAACAGUCAAGGGCUAGGUGGACAACACCUCUUACUGAAAUACUUGUAAACUUAAUGGUGGAUCAAGUACACAAAGGGAACAGAAAAAAUCAUAAUUUUGGCAAGAAAGCAUGGAAGUAUAUGUGUGAUGAGUUCCAUAAGAGAACAGGUCUGAAAUGGGACAAGGAGCAACUGAAGAACCGAGGUGCAGUUUUGAGGAGGAUCUAUGUUACAGUUACUUCACUUCUUGAUCAAAGUGACUUCAGUUGGGACGAAUCCACAGGGGCUAUUGUAGCCAGUGAUGAAGUGUGGGCUGAAUAUGUCAGGGAACAUCCUGAUGCCGAGACCUUAAAAGUCAGUGGCUGCCCAAUUUAUAAAGAGCUGUGCACCAUAUUUUCAGAACCACCAACAAACGGGAAACAUGACCAUCCAGCUGAACACGAGGGUGGGGAUCCAAAUUCUUGUCCACCGGAGCAAGAAGUGUCCUCAUCAGAUUCUGAGGAAGCAAAUGAUGCCGUCAAUGAUCAAGAAACAAUUCAACCUAGUACACCUAGCACUACUGGCAUCCGUAAAAGAGGGCGCAAGGGUAUUGAUGAUGCUAUUGCAGGAGCUAUAUUGGAGAUGGCAGCUGCAUCAAAGCUGAGGACAGCUGCUACACAGCAACAUAAUGCUAGAUACACCAUAGCUAAUUGUAUUGCAGAAUUGGAUAAGAUGCAAGGUGUUGAUGAGCAAGUCUAUUUUGCUGCGCUUGAUCUGUUCAACAAACCCAUUGCAAGGGAGGUGUUCUUGUCUCUCAAAGGUGAAAAACGCUUGAUUUGGUUGCUUAGGAAGUGCACAUCAGAUCCCGUUCUCUAG